AUGAUCCCCUCACAGAUGGAGAGGAUGAAGCCAGGCGCUGCUACUAUUGGUCAGGGCAGAUCGGCGGUCAUCAGCAAAUCCAUGACAACGUCCAGAAACAGCCAAAGCCGUACCACCACCACGGUGGAAACUUUGAAUGGGAGUAAUGUGAGGAACUCUCCCCAUUCAGGAAGUGCUGUUGCUUUUGCUGGGACUCCGGUUGCUCCUGCUGCUGAUGGUGCUGCUGCUGCUGCUGCUGCACCUUCAGCUUCUUCUAACACUGCCUCCCAGACUUCUUUGCUCAGCACUGCUGCGUCCUCCUCUUCCUCACCCGUCUUCUCCUCCAUCAUUGCAAGUGCUGGACCUCCGGUGGCACUGGUGAGGCCAGCAAGUGCCGCACCUGCUGCAGCUUCUGUUGCUGCAGCUACCCAGAAGGGGAACGCUCUUGGCAUCGAUUCAACUCUCAGUGUGAGGAGUUUGUCUCUCCCUGUUGCUGCUUCUGGAACCGCUGUGGGUGCUGGAGUUUCACUUCAGCCAUCCCUGGGGAACAGUCAACUUGACUGCUGCAUGCCAGCCACAGCCACCACCCAGGUCCUCAAUUCGGAGGCCCCUAAAACUGUAAUGAUGGCAGUGCCUCAGCAGCAAACACUGACGAGCGGUGGCCAAUCCAGCACAGGGCGCAAUGCCAUCAUUGGGCAAACCAGGCAAGGGGGCUCUCCUAAUGGUGGUGGCACUGCCAAUAGAGUGGCCCAAAGUCUGCCAGGAAUUCCAACAGCCGCUACAGGUGGGAUCGGAGCAACGUCGGCUCCUACACUUUUAGCACGCCGUCUGCCUCCACCAGCUCAGAAUCCUACAACUAUUCCAGUGUUUCAGCUAUCCCCAGGUAUGGUCCUCAUUCCAAGCGAACAUGGACAGUUGUUACUCCUUCCCCUACACAGCUUGGCACGGAUGCGGGCACAGGCACACGCUCAGUUCCAGCCUCGGAAUACCAGGGUCCCAUGACCCGACACUCCCACAAGGGGCCCUCCUCAUCAGCUAUCGACUCUGCAGCCUCCUGCAACACCACUUCUUGCACGACACGAGACACCAACCGCCACGGUGCAGCCAGUGUCCCAGGUACAGGCGAUGCUGCAGCCAACUUCAACAUUACCGACUUCUCUCGUACUACAGCCUCAGGUCGUUGUGGGCGCUGCUGCACAGACAGCUGCAUUGGCAACAGCCUCCUCUCUACAGCCUGGAACACCUCAGAGGGCUGGCCAGCUCUCUGCUGCCUCCACAGCAACGAUGGAAGAUGUGCAGAAAUGCCAGCAUUAUCUGUCUACCUUAAUCCGGCUGGCCUCAUCUGGAAAACGCUCUGCAGAGACAGCGGCAAAGGUCAAGGAGUUAGUCCAGAACUUGCUGGAUGGGAAAAUGGAAGCGGAAGAGUUUAGCAGCAGCUUAUACCAAGAACUGAAUGCUUCACCUCGACCUUAUCUCGUGCCUUUCCUGAAGAGCACUUUACCUGCCUUGAGACUGUUAUCAGCCGAUUCCACAUCCUUGAUCAAGCUCCAGAAGUACAUCCCCAAGCACCUGGGGUUCACCCUCAGGCUCCUGUGGUACACCCUCAAGCACCUGGAGUUCACCCCCAAGCUACUGGGUCUCACCCAUAAGCUCCUGGAGUUCAGCCCUAAGCUCCUGGGGUACACCCUCAGACACCUGGGGUUCACCCCCAGGCUCCGGGGGUUCAUCCUCAGGCUCCAUGGAUUCAUCCUCAAGCUCCAGUAG